UUUUUUAACUUUCGACCCUCAGCAGCUCUUCUAAACUCCUCAGUUUCACAGUAAUGGCUUCCCCUUUAAUGAUUUUCACAUGAUUAUCAGUUGUGAUGAAAUUGAGGGCUGAAUGUUGAUUGGGAAGAAAUAACAAUGACGCAACCGUUGGUGAUACUCGCAACUGCCAGCUAUGAUCACACCAUUCGCUUUUGGGAAGCCAAGAGUGGACGUUGUUAUCGUACAAUUCAAUAUCCAGACUCUCAAGUUAAUCGACUUGAGAUAACCCCACAUAAAAGGUUCCUGGCAGCAGCAGGCAAUCCUCAUAUCCGUCUGUUUGAUAUUAACUCCAGUAGUCCUCAGCCGGUGAUGAGCUAUGAUUCUCAUACUAGUAACGUUAUGGCAGUGGGCUUUCAGUGUGAUGGAAACUGGAUGUAUUCAGGAUCUGAAGAUGGCACAGUGAGAAUUUGGGACUUGAGGGCUCCAGGCUGUCAAAGGGAGUACGAAAGUCGUGCUGCUGUUAACACUGUUGUCUUACACCCAAAUCAGACAGAGCUGAUAUCUGGAGACCAAAAUGGUAAUAUUCGUGUGUGGGACUUGACAGCAAAUUCAUGCAGCUGUGAAUUGGUGCCUGAAGUGGAUACAGCAGUAAGAUCUCUGACAGUUAUGUGGGAUGGCAGUUUGGUAGUUGCUGCAAAUAAUCGUGGAACAUGUUAUGUUUGGCGUUUGUUGCGUGGGACUCAGACAAUGACCAACUUUGAGCCCCUUCAUAAACUGCAAGCACAUAAUGGAUACAUCCUCAAAUGUCUUCUUUCGCCAGAGUUAUGUGAACCACAUAGAUAUCUCGCCACUGCAUCUUCUGACCACACAGUGAAGAUAUGGAACGUUGAUGGUUUCACGUUAGAUAAAACACUAACAGGACAUCAGCGCUGGGUAUGGGACUGUGUUUUCUCAGUUGAUGGAGCCUAUCUCAUAACAGCUUCUUCGGAUACAACAGCGAGGCUGUGGUCGUUGUCGACAGGUGAAGAUAUCAAGAUAUAUCAAGGGCAUCACAAAGCAACUAUUUGUUGUGCGCUUCAUGAUGGCGCCGAGCCGUCAUCUUGAAAUUUAGUGCAGAUGCUGUCUUGAUUUUGUUGAUCUUGCCUUCCAUCCUCCUAGUGUUACACAGGGAUGAAGGAAGCCAAUCUUUUAGUGUUGUGAUUACCAACUCUCUUGUAUAAUUUGUUCUGUAACUUUUUAAUUUAAUUAUAAUUUCUAUAUUUAAUACA